CGAGCCGAGCCGGGCCGGGCCGGGCAGGACGAGAGCGGCACAUGGUGCGCGGCUGGUGCCCGGCGCUGCGCACCCGCCGGCGGGCCGAGGGGCCACCAUGGACAACUUCUUGGCGGAGGGGUCUCGAGUCUGGCUGCGAGAAAAUAAUCAGCAUUAUCCCAGCACUGUUCAUUCCUGUGCAGAAGGAGUUGUUGUAUUCAGGACAGACUAUGGUCAGGUAUUCACUUAUAAACAGAGCACAAUCACACACCAAAAAGUAACACCUAUGCAUCCAACAAGCUCAGAGAGUGUGGAAGACAUGGCAGCACUCGUAGAUCUCCAUGAAGGCUCCAUUAUGCACAACUUAUUCCAGCGAUAUCAGCAAGAUAAAAUCUACACCUACAUUGGUUCGAUAGUGGCCUCCGUGAACCCCUACAAGAGCAUCCCGGGGCUGUACGACCGCGCCGCCGUGGAGCGGUACAGCCAGCACCACCUGGGAGAGAUCCCGCCCCACAUCUUCGCCGUGGCCAACGAGUGCUACCGCUGCCUCUGGAAGCGCCAGGACAACCAGUGUAUCCUCAUCAGUGGCGAAAGUGGCGCUGGUAAGACGGAGAGCACUAAGCUGAUUCUCAAGUUCUUGUCUGCAAUGAGCCAACAUUCACUGGAGCUGUCCUCCAGAGAGAAGACCUCCUGUGUGGAGCAAGCUAUUCUUGAGAGCAGUCCAAUUAUGGAAGCGUUUGGCAAUGCAAAGACUGUUUACAACAACAACUCAAGUCGCUUUGGGAAGUUUAUUCAGCUGAACAUCUGUCAGAAAGGGAACAUUCAGGGAGGAAGAAUUAUGGAUUAUUUAUUGGAAAAAAAUCGUGUAGUAAGACAAAACCCCGGGGAAAGAAAUUAUCAUAUAUUCUAUGCUCUGCUGGCAGGGAUAGAAGAGAGAGAGAAAGAUGCUUUUUACCUAUCUGCACCUGAGAACUACCACUACCUGAACCAGUCUGGAUGUACAGUGGAUAAGACAAUCAGUGACAAAGAUUCUUUCAAGGAAGUCAUUACUGCAAUGGAAGUGAUGGAGUUCAGCAGGGAGGAAGUACGAGAAGUUCUGAGGCUGUUGGCUGGCAUUUUGCAUCUGGGAAAUGUUGAGUUCAUCACUGCUGGAGGGGCACAAGUGUCCUUUAAAACAGCCCUGGGUCGAUCUGCUGAGUUACUGGGGUUGGACUCCACACAGCUGACAGAAGCAUUGACUCAGAGGUCAAUGAUUCUCAGGGGAGAAGAAAUCCUAACACCUCUUAGUAUACAACAGGCAAUAGACAGCAGAGAUUCUAUGGCUAUGGCACUUUAUUCUCAGUGUUUUGCAUGGGUCAUUAAGAAAAUCAAUAGCAGAAUCAGGAGCAAGGAAGACUUCAAGACUAUUGGAAUUUUGGACAUAUUUGGAUUUGAAAACUUUGAGGUAAACCGUUUUGAGCAGUUCAAUAUUAACUAUGCAAAUGAGAAGCUUCAGGAGUACUUCAACAAGCACAUCUUUUCCUUGGAGCAACUGGAAUACAGCAGGGAAGGACUAAUUUGGGAAGAUAUUGACUGGACAGACAAUGGAGAGUGCUUGGAUCUUAUUGAAAAGAAACUGGGACUGCUAGCACUCAUCAAUGAGGAGAGCCAUUUUCCUCAAGCUACUGACUCCACCUUACUGGAGAAGUUGAAUGCCCAGCAUGCUAACAAUCCUUUUUAUGUAAAACCAAGGGUUGCCGUUCACAACUUUGGAGUGAAGCACUACGCUGGGGAGGUCCAGUAUGAUGUCAGGGGGAUCUUGGAGAAGAACAGGGAUACUUUUAGAGAUGAUCUCCUGAACUUGUUACGUGAAAGCAGUCUCGAUUUCAUCUAUGAUCUGUUUGAACACGUUUCAAGUCGCAACAAUCAGGACACUCUUAAAUGUGGAAGCAAGCACCGAAAGCCUACUGUCAGUCUCCAGUUCAAGGAAUCACUUCAUUCUUUAAUGGCGACUCUGAGUUCUUCAAACCCCUUCUUUGUUCGGUGCAUCAAACCCAACGUGCAGAAGAUGCCAGACCAGUUUGAUCAGACAGUGGUGCUCAACCAGCUGCGCUAUUCUGGGAUGUUGGAGACGGUCAGGAUUCGGAGGGCUGGUUUCCCAGUCAGGAGGCCCUUUCAGGACUUUUAUAAAAGGUAUAAAGUCCUCAUGAGAAACUUAACUCUCCCUGAAGAUAUCAAUGAGAAAUGUGCCGUCUUACUUCGUCUGUAUGACAACACAAGCACUGAAUGGCAGCUUGGAAAAAAUAAGGUGUUUCUCCGGGAAUCCUUAGAGCACAAGUUGGAGAGGCAGAGGGAAGCAGAAGUCACCAAGGCAGCGAUGAUCAUCCGAGCGCACAUCUUAGGUUAUGCAGCCCGAAAGCGGUAUAGAAAGGUUCUCUACUAUGUGGUUGUGAUACAGAAGAACUACAGAGCAUUCAGCGGUAGGAAGAAGUUCCUGUGCCUGAAGAAAGCAGCCACAAUCCUUCAGAAGCAGCGGCGAGGCCAGCUUGCUCGGCGUCUUUACAGGGAGCGACUGGAGGAGAAGCAGAGACAAGAGGAGGAAAGAAGAAGAGAGGAGGAGGAAAGGGAAAGGCAAAGGCAAGAAGCAGAGCGUCUUGCCCAGCAGGCUGAAGAAGAGAGGAAGAGGCAGGAACUGGCUGCCAUUCAGAAAGCUCAGAAGGAGGCAGAACUGAAGCAGGAGGUGGAGAAGCAGAAAGAAAGCAGGCAGGUGGAAGAAAUCCUGCGUCUGGAAAAAGAAAUCGAAGAUCUACAGCGUGUGAAGAAGCAGCAGGAGCUGUCCUUGACAGAGGCUUCAUUGCAGAGGCUGCAGCAGCGUCGAGACGAGGAGCUCCGGCGGCUGGAGGAUGAAGCGUGUCGAGCAGCCCAGGAGUUCCUGGAAUCUCUGAACUUCGAUGAGAUUGACGAAUGUGUCCGAAACAUUGAGAGGUCCCUCUCUGUGGGCGGUGGGUAUCCUGCUGAGCUGGCUGAACAGACUGGAAAUGCCUGCAGUGAAAAGCCCAAUUUUAACUUCAGCCAGCCAUAUCCUGAGGAGGAGGUAGAUGAGGGCUUUGAAGCCGAUGAUGAUGCAUUUAAGGAUUCGCCCAACCCGAGUGAGCAUGGCCAUUCUGAUCAAAGGACCAGUGGCAUCAGAACUAGCGAUGAUUCCUCAGAAGAGGAUCCUUACAUGAAUGAUACCGUGGUGCCAACAAUUCCUGCUGCCAGCGACGCCAUGGUCAUACCUCCUGCCCACGACACAGUGAGUCUCCACAACUCUUCCAGCGGCGAAUCCACCUACUGCAUGCCAGAAAAUGUAUCCUGCAGACCCCCAAAUUCUGUGGAACUUAUUUCUCCUGACGGAGACUAUGAUUACGACCAGGACGACUACGAAGAUGGUGCUAUCACUUCUGGCAGCAGUGUGACCUUCUCUAACUCGCACAGUAGCCAGUGGUCACCGGACUACCGGUGCUCCGUGGGGACGUACAAUAGCUCUGGAGCAUACCGGUUCAGCUCUGAGGGAGCUCAGUCUUCUUUUGAAGACAGUGAAGAAGAUUUUGACUCCAGGUUUGAUACAGAUGAUGAACUUUCCUACAGGAGGGAUUCGGUCUACAGCUGUGUCAGCCUGCCCUACUUUCACAGUUUUCUGUACAUGAAAGGUGGUUUAAUCAACACAUGGAAGCGACGCUGGUGUGUCCUGAAAGAUGAGACCUUCCUGUGGUUUCGUUCUAAGCAGGAAGCACUUAAGCAGGGCUGGCUUCACAAAAAGGGCGGUGGAUCAUCCACUCUUUCCAGAAGGAACUGGAAGAAAAGAUGGUUUGUUCUCAGACAGUCCAAGCUGAUGUACUUUGAAAAUGACAGUGAAGAAAAGCUAAAGGGUGCCAUGGAUGUCCGAACUGCCAAAGAGAUUGUUGAUAAUACAGGCAAAGAAAAUGGUAUUGAUCUAAUAAUGAGUGAUAGGACCUACCACUUAAUUGCUGAAUCUCCUGAGGAUGCAAGCCAGUGGUUCAGUGUACUGAGUCAAGUCCACGCGUCCACAGAGCAGGAGAUCCGGGAGAUGCAUGAUGAGCAGGCAAAUCCACAGAAUGCUGUGGGUACCCUCGAUGUGGGACUAAUUGAUUCUGUCUGUGCUGCUGACAAUCCAGAUAGACCCAAUUCAUUUGUGAUCAUCACUGCUAAUCGUGUUCUUCACUGUAAUGCUGACACUCCUGAAGAGAUGCAUCACUGGAUAACCCUGCUCCAGAGGUCAAAGGGGGACACUAGAGUGGAGGGACAAGAAUUCAUUGUGAGGGGGUGGCUACACAAGGAAGUAAAGAACAACCCAAAGAUGUCCUCGUUAAAACUAAAGAAGCGUUGGUUUGUUUUGACACACAAUUCUUUGGACUACUACAAGAGUUCAGAGAAAAAUGCUUUGAAAUUGGGUACACUGGUCCUGAACAGCCUCUGCUCAGUGGUCCCACCUGAUGAAAAAAUCUUCAAAGAGACAGGUUACUGGAAUGUGACCGUGUACGGACGCAAACACUGUUACCGUCUCCAUACCAAACUGCUUAAUGAGGCGACCCGCUGGUCAAGUGCCAUCCAGAACGUGAUUGACACAAAGGCACCCAUUGAUACUCCAACUCAGCAGCUCAUUCAGGAUAUUAAGGAAAACUGCCUGAAUGCUGAUGUGGUUGAACAGAUUUAUAAGAGGAAUCCCAUUCUCCGUUAUACUCAUCAUCCACUGCACUCACCAUUACUGCCACUGCCAUAUGGGGACAUCAAUCUAAACUUGCUGAAAGACAAAGGCUACACAACUCUGCAGGAUGAAGCCAUCAAGAUAUUUAAUUCUUUACAGCAGCUGGAAUCUAUGUCUGAUCCCAUCCCUAUAAUCCAAGGUAUCCUGCAAACAGGACAUGAUUUGCGACCUCUCCGAGAUGAGCUCUACUGUCAGCUCAUCAAGCAAACCAAUAAAGUGCCUAACCCUGGGAGCGUGGGGAACCUCUAUAGUUGGCAAAUACUCACCUGCAUGAGUUGCACAUUUCUGCCCAGUCGCAGCAUCCUCAAAUAUCUCAAGUUUCAUCUCAAAAGGGUUCGUGACCAGUUUCCAGGAACCGAAAUGGAGAAAUACGCACUUUUCACUUACGAAUCUCUGAAGAAAACCAAAUGCAGAGAGUUUGUGCCAUCACGAGAUGAAAUAGAAGCGCUGAUUGGCAGGCAGGAGAUGACAUCCACAGUUUAUUGCCAUGGUGGGGGCUCCUGUAAGAUUACAAUCAACUCACACACUACAGCUGGAGAGGUGGUUGAAAAGUUAAUUCGUGGCUUGGCCAUGGAGGAUAGCAGAAAUAUGUUUGCUUUGUUUGAAUACAACGGAACUACUGAUAAAGCAAUUGAAAGCAGAACCAUUGUAGCUGAUGUCUUGGCAAAGUUUGAAAAGCUUGCUGCCACUGCUGAAGCUGGGGAGAUGCACUGGAAGUUCUACUUCAAGCUCUACUGCUUCCUGGACACAGAAAACGUCCCAAAAGAUAGCGUGGAAUUUGCCUUUAUGUUUGAGCAGGCUCAUGAAGCCGUGAUUAAAGGACAUUACCCUGCUCCUGAGGAAACCCUCCAGGUCCUUGCAGCUUUGCGUCUUCAGUACCUUCAGGGAGAUUACACUGUGCACACCACUGUACCAGAACUGGAGGAGGUGUAUCCCUUGCAAAAGCUGAAGUCUAGGAUUACACAGUCAACCAAAACAUUUAGUGCAUCAGACAAGGUCGAGAAGAAACGAGCCAGCUUUCUUGAAGGAACACUGCGGAGGAGUUUCCGAAGUGGCUCUGUCAGCAAACAGAAGGUUGAGGAGGAUCAGAUGUUAGACAUGUGGGUCAAAGAGGAAAUCUCAGCUUCCAGGACUAGUAUUAUUGACAAAUGGAAAAAACUCCAGAGGAUGAAUCAGGAGCAGGCCAUGGCAAAGUACAUGGCUUUGAUUAAGGAAUGGCCUGGCUACGGUUCAACACUCUUUGACGUAGAGUGUAAAGAAGGGGGAUUCCCACAGGAGCUGUGGCUUGGAGUCAGCGCUGAUGCAGUUUCUGUCUACAAGCGUGGGGAAGGAAAGCCUCUGGAGGUGUUCCAGUAUGAACAUAUCUUGUCAUUUGGUGCUCCACUUGCCAACACCUACAAGAUCGUGGUGGAUGAAAGAGAACUGCUUUUUGAAACUAGCGAGGUGGUUGACAUUGCAAAGCUGAUGAAAGCUUACAUCAGUAUGAUCGUGAAAAAACGCUACAGCACCUCUCGAUCCGUGAGUAGUCAUGGAAGUCAGGGCAGCUCCAGGUGAAAACAAAACCAGUUCUACUGCACCCUAAAUAGAAUACAUCACUCCUGGCCUCAGAACAACCUGGGAACAUUGAUCACCUUUGUUGACAAGCUAACCAAGAACCGGAGUUUCAACGGAAAAUAUCUUCAAACAAUGUUUUAGAAAGACCACAGGGGGGCAGGGGAAAAUCAGCUGAAAUAGUCACAUACUAGAACUGCUGGCUCAUUCAAAACUUUCCAAAGCAUUAUUACCUUCAGUUGAUGUAACAAAUGCCUUAAGACUCGAUCCACUGCAAAACAAGCAGUAAUAAGUGCCUUACAAUAUGAAGCCUAACUUAUAUUGACCUAAAAUUGCUGAUAAAAGUCAAGAGGAUUUCCUUUGUCCUUCCAGAACACUGAAAACAAAGUUAUACUCAUCCAUUCUGCACUAAUCUACUGGCCUGUAUACAGGUGGGAAGGGGGAGGGAAGAAGAGCAAGGUAUAUUUUUUUGGAGUGCUGCUGGCAGCUUUCCCGAUGGACGCCAACACUUUGUUUCCCCUUGCUUCCAUGGAUGUGCACAUUGUGCAUGCGUAUUAGAGCUGUCAGUAAAAUUUGACAAAUUUUAUUCUGUGUUUCACAAGUCUUUUGAAGCAAAGGGAAUAAGUAUGUGCAAUGGUGUAAACAGUCUUUCUGUACAUUUUAAUAGUUCAGAGUUAUAGUUGUUACAAUUGUAUGGUUACUUUAUAAGCAGUUUUAUUAACAGGUAAAUUCCAAAAUUUUCAUACACUGAUUUUACUUUUGCAAAUAUGUAUUACCAUAUAAGUAGCAGAAGUCUGCAUUCUGUAUCUGCUGUAUGAUAAAGAGAGAUGUAGCUGAGAAUAUUUAUAGACUACCCUAAUAUGGAAAUACAGUUAUCAGUUCAAUUCUCUGUAAUGUCAGCUUAAGUUUUUAAUAUUAAUUUUUUCUUUGAAAGACAUCAUGUUUUAUACUUCUGGCUGGACUCCUCAACCCAGACUGACUGCCAAAGGCCAGAGCCCUUCAGAGUUGACUAGAGAAGGCAACAUUACACAAUGCAACUGCUUUAAUAUUUUACCUGGUUGCCUGAUGAAGGUUCUUGAGAAUACCCUGUAAAUAAAUUGGGGAAUAGCAGCUAAUAAUAAUAAUUUGAUUUUGGACCUUUAUUUUUGUACAGAAAUACUGUAAUAUAAGGCAAAACUUUGUUCAAAGGUAUCUUUUGGUCCACAGAUAUUAAAAAAAAAAAAAGAAAAAAAAA